UGGGGAAGAAUAAAUGCCUGGGCAAGAGAAACUGGUCCCUACUCAAAACAACACAGGAACAGGACAACUUAGUGGUGCUGGUGCUAGUAACUGAGGAGUGAGAACUCAAGCUCAAACACACAUAUAGGACAGUACACAUAAUAAUAGUUGAGGUUUCCACUUUCCAUUGUAGAAAGGGCAUCAUUUGCAUAUGAAUAAGGGUAAGUGAGUGAGUUAGUGUGUGCCACUCUAAUGCACGUGGUUGAGUCUUCACUCUGCAGUUGGUGGCAACAACAAGGUUCUCAAUUUAUAUUUCACAACACAAUCCAACACUAUUUAUUACUACUAAAAGAAACAAGAGAAGAGAAGAGAAGAGUGAAGAGUGAAGACCCCUUAUUUAUUAAUUCCCUCUCACCUGCUUCCCUUUCCAGCAAAGCUACAGCCACCAUUUCCACCAUCCUCCAUUUACAUUUAAUCUCCCAUUCCUCCUUGCCUUCCAUUCCCUCUCUCUCUCCACUUCAAGCUCACAUUUUUAUCCCACCAUUUCCACCCCACAAACAUCAAAUCAUACAAAUCGAACAAGGGAUUAAAAGGGUUACUUUAUUAGUCCACAGAACUUUCCAAGUAAUCAUUUUUAUUUUCUUCUUUUUUUUCUCUUUCUUCUCCAAGCUCGGCCCCCUUUAUUGAGGAUGCUCCCGGUUGGUGAUGAUGAUGCUGAUGUUCAUGUUCUUCGUUUCUCAUUGGUUCAACAGUUGCAAAGACUCAAACUUUGCAGCUGAGAGGAAACAACAACCACAACCUCCACCGCAAUUUGGUUCCAACAGUGAUAAUAAUGCCUAACGGGUAAUCACAUUCCCACCGACGACGCCUCUGUUUCGAGAGCAUGAGAAAACACCGCCAAAUUAACCUCUUUCAUGCUCUGUUAUGCUCCAUUCUCUUCUUGGUUUCUUGUGUAACGGUAUCACCAGCCACUGAGAGAGAGAUUCUGCAACAAUUCAAGGGCAACAUCACAGAGGACCCUUUCAACAGCUUGAGUUCAUGGGUUUCCAGUGGAAACCCCUGCCAAGAUUACAGAGGUGUUUUCUGCAACGAUGAAGGUUCUGUGGAAAGAAUCAUUCUUUGGAACACUAGCUUGGCUGGGGUGUUGUCUCCAGCAUUGUCUGGUUUGAAGAGGUUGAGGACAUUGACAUUGUUUGGGAACCGGUUCAAGGGUAACAUCCCAGAUGAUUAUGCUGAUCUUCACACAUUGUGGAAGAUCAAUUUGAGCUCCAAUGCGUUAUCUGGUUCAAUCCCAGAGUUCAUUGGUGAUUUGCCAAACAUUCGGUUUCUAGAUUUGUCCAAGAAUGGCUUCACUGGGGAGAUACCUUCAGCCUUGUUCAGGUACUGUUACAAAACCAGGUUUGUGUCUCUUUCUCAUAACAACCUUGCUGGUCCAAUUCCUGUGUCAUUGGAGAAUUGCUCCAACCUUGAAGGAUUUGAUCUUUCUUACAAUAAUCUGACCGGUGCUGUCCCUUCGCGGCUUUGUGAUAUUCCGAGCUUGUCAUAUGUGUCACUGAGAAGCAAUGCCUUAUCAGGGAGUGUGAAAGGUCUCAUAUCACCUUGCCGGAGCUUGAAACAUUUGGAUUUCGGUAGUAAUAUGUUCACAGAUUUGGCUCCAUUCAGCAUCCUUGAAAUGCAAAAUCUUACUUAUUUCAAUAUAUCAUAUAAUAGGUUUGGAGGAAAUAUUUCUGAGAUCACAACCUGUAGUGAGAGAUUAGAAUUCUUUGAUGGUUCCGGGAAUGAUUUGGAUGGAGAAUUUCCCUCCAGCAUAAUUAGAUGCAAGAACCUAAAGCUCUUGGCCUUGGAGUUGAAUAGGCUGAAAGGGAGUAUCCCAGUUGAUAUUCAGGAAUUGCAAAAAUUUCUUCUCAGUUGUGAGUUCCUUAACUUUCUCAAACUGACAUAUACAUUAAACUUGAUCUUAUGGAUUACAUCUGAGUUCAUUCUUUCAUGUUGCUGCAGGGACCUUUCUGGUAAUAGCUUAGAGGGUGAGAUUCCUCAGACCCUAUACAACAUGACAUACUUGGAAUCCCUCGACUUACAUCAGAACCGGCUCAAUGGAAGCAUACCACCAAGCCUAGGAAACCUGUCAAAGUUGCAAUACCUAGAUCUGUCACAUAAUUCACUAUCUAGUUUAAUCCCAUCUUCUCUUGGAAAUUUAGGAAACAUGACUCAUUUUGAUCUUUCAUUCAACAAUCUAUCCGGUCUCAUCCCUCAAAUUGAAACCAUACAGCGUUUUGGUCCAUCUGCUUUUUCCAAUAAUCCUUUUCUCUGUGGUGCUCCUUUGGACACCUCUUGCUCGGCGAAUGGAACUCCGUCACCUUCAGCACCUGGGAAGACUAAAGUUCUAAGCAUCUCAGCAAUUGUUGCGAUUGUUGCUGCAGCUCUGAUCCUUGCAGGGGUUUGUUUGGUAACCAUCAUGAAUAUUAGGGCUCGUCGUCGAAAAAAAGACAGUGAUGAGAUCAUGGUUGUUGAGAGCACACCCCUUGGAUCAUCAACAGAAUCAAAUGUUAUAAUUGGAAAGCUGGUUCUGUUUAGCAAAAGUUUACCAUCAAAAUAUGAAGAUUGGGAGGCAGGUACAAAAGCAUUGCUUGACAAAGAGUCUAUAAUAGGUGGUGGAUCAAUUGGAACAGUGUACAGAACUGAUUUUGAAGGCGGCAUCUCAAUUGCAGUGAAGAAGCUUGAGACUUUGGGAAGGAUCCGAAACCAGGAAGAAUUCGAGCACGAGAUUGGACGAUUAGGCAACCUCCAACACCCAAAUUUGGUUUCUUUACAAGGUUACUAUUGGUCCUCUUCAAUGCAAUUGAUUCUAUCAGAGUUUGUCCCUAAUGGGAAUCUCUAUGAUAAUCUACAUGGGAUUGGAUAUCCCGGAACAAGCACUAGCAGUAGCAACAGGGAGUUAUAUUGGUUUAGAAGGUUCCAAAUCGCACUUGGUACUGCAAGAGCACUCGCCUAUCUUCACCAUGACUGCAAACCUCCAAUUCUUCAUCUCAACAUUAAAUCCUCUAACAUACUCUUAGAUCACAAGUAUGAGGCUAAGUUGUCUGACUAUGGUUUAGGAAAGUUGCUCCCCAUUUUGGACAAUUACGGUCUGACCAAGUUCCACAAUGUCGUUGGCUAUGUCGCACCAGAAUUGGCUCAAAGCCUAAGGCAGAGUGAGAAGUGUGAUGUGUACAGUUUUGGGGUGAUUCUUUUGGAGCUGGUUACAGGUAGGAAGCCAGUAGAAAGUCCAACAACAAGUGAGGUGGUCAUCUUAUGUGAAUAUGUAAGAAGUUUGUUAGAGGUUGGUUCAGCUUCAAAUUGCUUUGACAGAAACUUAUUGGGAUUUGCUGAGAAUGAGUUAAUUCAGGUUAUGAAGUUGGGACUAAUUUGUACCUCGGAGGAUCCAUUAAGGAGACCAAGCAUGGCUGAGGUUGUCCAGGUCCUUGAGUCCAUUAGAAAUGGAUUGGGAGCACACUAAGCUACUUGCUAAUUGGUUGUGUUAUAGAAGCAGCAAGACAAAAAUUCUUUUUCAUUCAUUUUUAUAUUGUCAUUAUUUUUUUUU